CUGGGAAAGGUCGAGGGGCGGGACGGGAUCGGAGGCUGGAGGUCAUAGGAUGUGGGGCGAUCGCCGAGCGUAGCGGAAAACCAGGGGUGAGGAUAGGGCGGACGAGAGCGCGCCUGCGAGACUCCCAGACCUCCCACUCUCCCCACCCUCUCCUACUGCAAAAACUCCGCCUGCCGUCAAUGGGCGGGGCACGUUCUGGGGCGUGGCCGACCGGCCCUUAGAACUCCGCCCGUUCGGGGCGGGGCUUGCCGAAAGGGCGGGGCCACGCUCCUUCGGGGCGUGGCCUGUAGAACCUCAGAAUCCCGGCGACUCGGGGCUGAGGCGCGCGUCUCCCGGCGCGGGGUUCCUCCCACGCAGCCUCCCAUUCAAAAGAUGCCGAAGGGGCGGCGCGGCAGCCAGAGCCCUACCAUGAGCCAGCGGCCGGCCCCGCCCCUCUACUUCCCUUCCCUCUACGAUCGUGGCAUCUCCUCGUCCCCGCUCAGCGACUUCAACAUCUGGAAGAAACUCUUCGUGCCGCUGAAGGCGGGCGGGGCGGCGGCGGGCGGGGCGGUAGCGGGGCGGCCCCUGCCCCAGGCACCCCAGGUUCCGGCGCCCCCGCCGCCGCCACCGGGCCUGGGGCCUCCCAGCGAGCGCCCCUGGCCUCCGCCCUGGCCCUCCGGCCUGGCCUCCAUCCCUUACGAGCCUCUGCGCUUCUUCUAUUCGCCACCGCCAGGGCCCGAGGUGGCUGCCUCGCCACUGGCCCCCGGCCCCACGACCCCCCGGGUCGCCUCCGCCUCCCACCCCGAGGAGUUGUGCGAGCUGGAGAUCCGGAUUAAGGAGCUGGAGCUGCUCACCAUCACUGGGGACGGCUUCGACUCUCAGCGCUAUAAAUUCUUGAAGGCACUGAAAGAUGAAAAGUUACAAGGACUGAAGACAAGGCAGCCUGGAAAGAAGUCGGCCUCUCUCUCCUGAAGAGCUGCCCACCAGAGCCUGGGCAGCUGCCUCCUUAGGUGUUAGUGCUUAGAUAAUAUGUCCUGUUUGUUGUCAUUUCAAAGAUCGUUAUUUUCUGUUCUGUAUUUACCGCUGUUCUCACUGCUCCCAGCAUGUGCUCCACAUACAGUGCCCACUUGUGGGGUAAAUCUCA